GACAUUAUUAAACCAGUCUAAAGCAAGCUGCGCUGCGCGGAUCGCACGGCUCUUGUUGUAUUCCAAAUAAAAACCGCAAAAAUGAUCCCAUUGCGCCGCGUUGGCAGUAAGAUCUUGGAGCAAUGGCGGGCGCCGAUGGCAGCUGGAGCGACCGCUCAAAGGAAGGCUUACAGCUCGGAGGCGCCCACGCCGCGCCCCCUGACCAUGCUCACUGAAGAUGAGCUCGCUAUGAAGGAAACAAUCAGAAAACUGGCCACAGAACAAAUCGCGCCACUAGUCAGGAAGAUGGAUGAUGAGCACCGCAUUGACGACGGCAUCAGACAGCUACUCUUCGACAAUGGUCUAAUGGGAAUUGAAACCCCAGUGGAAUACAGCGGGUCAGGCUGCGGUUUCCUCACGAUGAUGCUGGUGGUGGAAGAACUGUCCCGAGUGGACCCCUCCGUGGCCGCGUAUGUAGACAUCCACAACACUCUCGUCAACUCCUUGCUGAUGAAGGUCGGCACAGAGGAACAGAAGAAGAAGUACCUUACCAAGCUGUGCACGGAAUACGCUGGCAGUUUCUGCCUCACAGAGCCAAACUCUGGCUCCGACGCUUUCUCCCUCAAGACUGUAGCCAAGAAAGACGGCAACCACUACGUCAUCAACGGCUCAAAGAUGUGGAUCUCCAACUCUGACGUCGCCGGCGUUUUCCUAGUCAUGGCCAAUGCUGACCCCUCCAAGGGUUACAAAGGCAUCACCUGCUUCUUAGUAGAGCGUGAGACCCCCGGCCUGACGGUCGCCAAGCCAGAGAACAAACUUGGUAUCCGUGCUUCAGGCACCUGCAUGGUCCACUUCGACAACGUCAGGAUACCUGAGGAGAACAUCCUUGGGCAGUAUGGUCAUGGCUACAAAUACGCAGCGGGUUUCUUGAACGAAGGCCGUAUCGGUAUCGCGGCUCAAAUGGUUGGUCUGUGCCAGGGAUGCAUGGACGCUACCAUUCCUUACACGCUGGAUAGGAAGCAGUUUGGCAAGAGCAUCUACUCUUUCCAGGGCAUCAGUUACCAGGUCGCGCAUUUACAAACUCAGCUGGAAGCCGCUCGCCUGCUGAUGUACAACGCGGCUCGGCUCAAGGAACACGGCCAGGAGUUCGUCAAGGAGGCGGCCAUGGCUAAAUACUACGCUUCUGAAAUUGCUCAAACCCUAACAUCGAAAUGCAUAGACUUCAUGGGAGGAGUGGGCUUCACCAAGGACUUCCCUCAAGAGAAGUUCUUCAGAGACGCCAAAAUCGGAACCAUUUACGAGGGAACCAGCAACAUGCAACUGCAAACUAUUGCCAAGCUCAUCGAAAGAGAAUACAAACAAUAAACUACUAACUGACUUUGUAAAUGCAUUUAUAUUUUGUAAGGCGGUUUCAAUAUU